UGUUACGAUAGCUAUUAGCACAGAGUUGAGAGUAGGAACUAGGAAGAGGAAUCACGAAUGGCUCAGUUCUGGAAACCUGGCACCGAGAAGCCUCGCCUCCUCGACGACGAAGAAGGCGGCGUCCUUUUCUUGUCAUCUUCUCUCUCUUCCUCUUCCUCCGGAUAUGGGCAUGCGAGUAUUGAGAAACAGAGGCAGAGAUUGCCAGUGUACAAAUACCGUACCGCUCUUCUUUAUUUGGUGGAGACACAUGCUACUACUAUCGUUGUUGGCGAGACUGGAAGUGGCAAAACCACUCAGAUUCCCCAGUACCUUAAAGAAGCAGGCUGGGCUGAUGGUGGUCGUGUUAUUGCUUGCACUCAACCAAGACGAUUGGCUGUCCAGGCAGUUGCUUCAAGAGUGGCAGAAGAGAUGGGGGUCAAGGUUGGGGAGGAAGUUGGUUACACAAUUCGAUUUGAAGAUUUGACAAAAAAAGGUGUAACUAUGAUAAAGUUUCUGACCGAUGGGGUGUUACUCAGAGAAAUGAUGGAUGAUCCUCUUUUGACUAAAUACAGUGUCAUAAUGGUGGAUGAGGCUCAUGAAAGGUCUAUUUCAACUGACAUUUUACUAGGCCUCUUGAAAAAGAUCCAACGGCGUCGACCACAGCUACGUCUUAUCAUCUCAUCUGCUACAAUUGAAGCAAAAUCAAUGUCUUCUUUCUUUCAGGCGAGGUUAUCAUCUGAGCUUUGCACUUGGGUUUUAUUUUUUCUUGACACGCCGUAA